CUGCAGCCGCUUUUUGGCUUUUUCUUCACCGAAGGUUGCUCGCGAAAGUAGGCCGCUCACAUUUCUCCGCUUCCCUCGGCUGCUGAGCCAUCGAAGAGCUGCCGCCGCUGCUCCAGAGUGAGGGCGAGCCCCCUCUGCCUUCUCCCGCCCGAGUGGCAAAAUUAAAGACCUGUGAUGACAAUGAAGAAAGAGGCUGAAUUUGUCAUUUACACCUGAAGAAAAAUGAUAGACAAAAAUCAAACCUGUGGUAUAGGACAAGAUUCUAUGCCCUAUAUGACUUGUCUGAUUCACAUAUUUGAAGAAUGGUUUGGUGUGGAGCAACUGGAGGACUAUUUGAAUUUUGCAAACUAUCUCUUGUGGGUUUUUACACCACUAAUACUUUUAAUACUUCCUUACUUUACUAUCUUUCUUCUCUACCUUACUAUUAUUUUCUUACACAUUUAUAAAAGGAAGAAUGUAUUAAAAGAAGCCUAUUCUCAUAAUUUAUGGGAUGGUGCAAGGAAGACGGUGGCAACUCUGUGGGAUGGACAUGCAGCAGUUUGGCAUGGUUAUGAAGUUCAUGGAAUGGAAAAAAUACCAGAAGAAGGACCAGCACUUAUAAUUUUUUAUCAUGGAGCUAUUCCUAUAGAUUUUUACUACUUCAUGGCUAAAAUUUUUAUCCAUAAAGGCAGAACUUGCCGAGUAGUAGCUGAUCACUUUGUCUUUAAAAUUCCAGGGUUUAGUUUAUUACUUGAUGUAUUUUGUGCUCUACAUGGACCAAGAGAAAAAUGUGUUGAAAUUCUGAGGAGUGGUCACUUGUUAGCUAUUUCACCAGGUGGAGUUCGAGAAGCCCUAAUUAGUGAUGAAACCUACAACAUCAUAUGGGGUAAUCGUAAAGGCUUCGCUCAGGUUGCAAUUGAUGCAAAAGUGAUGAGGAAAUUCAGGCACAGAGUGCUGAAGGGAUGGAGGGAUCGGGUCAUACAGCAAGGCAGAAGCAGAGCAGAGCACACAGUUCAGGACUGCAGGCAACUGGUGCUGUUGCCAUCACUAACUGCAUUUCACAAAGGAAAAAAACCUUUCAAGAUAUGAUAAUUAUCCCCAUUUUAACAUGAAAAAAUUGAGACUUAGACAUGGUAAGUAACUUAUCAGUGGUUCCCACAUUUUUAGUUGCAAAGUUAUGACUCCCAAGAUCAUGUUAAGCCAAUUCUCCAAGAAUAGUUUUUAACAAAAUGCACAUUCUCUCUUGCACACAUGUGCACACACAUACAUACAGAGACACAUGUAUACAUGUAAACAGAAUUUAAUUCUAGGUGAUUUAUGCAACUACCUUGUAUAUAAAGUGUGCACAAAGAAAGGAAUGAGUAAUUGUACUACAGCAUCAAGUUGUGAUAAAGUAAUGCUUGUGUCUUUAAGGCUGCAGCUUGAAAGCAAAUGGCCUAGAAUGCUGAGCCUGCUAGGGUGAGCUUUCUCCUGUUUAGUAGGUUCUAGAAAUGUCCAGCUUCUGGAGAGCUAGCUAUUUAAAGGAUGAUAUGUAACCUGAAGAGUCAUUAUAUAGCGCAUACUUCAACACAAACUUUGGAGUUAAUUCCAGUUAGUAGACAUAAAUCCAGCAGUACUGGUCAGAGAAGGCAAAAGCCGAAAGGUUUCUGUUCCUUCUUGGGCAUUUGAAGUUCUCAACUCUUAAUGAUAUAACUAUUUAAAGCAUUAGAAUUUCAGCUAUCACUUUAUUUUAUAAAACUGGUGGUGUCCUAGAUCAUAAUCUGAAUUUUUUUAUUAAAGUGUCAGUGUACUUUGUCUUAUUUGUUUGCUUUGUGAAUUAACUCCAUCAAAUUUUAAAUUCAUCUGACUGCUUUUCUCUUUCGACUUUUUCCUAACUGGUUUUAAGAUUGCUACUGCCUGUUUCUGACUCUUUGUGUUCAGAGAAUACGAACUAAUUCAUUACAAACAUUGUCUCUCUCUUCUGUUUAUUCAUUCCUUCUUCAUUUUUUCAUCACACUUUCUUUUAGCAUCUAGUCUAUUCCAGGCAGAAUUCUAGGUGUUGGGAUACAGCAGUGAACAAAACAAUGUCUGUGUGAUUAAGAGUCUUCCUUCUGGGGGAGGAGAGAGAUACAAUAAAUAAAUGCUCAGUUAGUUAUAUGUGAGGUAAUAAGUUUUAUGAAGAAAGCUAUACCUGUAGUCUCUUUUCUUCAAUCCACCACAUUUUACUGUUUUCCAAAGCUGAAUAGGAAUGGCUUUUUAAAUGUCAGCUUAUUUAAAUGUCUCAAACCCUGGUCACUGAGACAGGUCAUUCUGUAUUAAGCAAAUACUGAUGGUAGAUUAUAAGUAAAGUGACACUCACCCCCUCUUCCCAGUUUUAUCUAUUCUAAAACACUGUUUAUUUUGGUAUAUUUUGUGUAUAUUUUAAAGUGCUCAAUUUUUUAAUCUACUUAAGUUCUACCAUGGUAUAACUUCUUUACAUGAUCCUUUGUUACUUCAUUGUUUUAUGACAUUUAGUUAAGGUCUUCAUUUUUAAAUUUAUACUUAAUUAUUGAUACUCAUGAAAAAUAAAAACCAUGAACUUGUGAGCAGAAAUCCUCUAAAAUGAUUGAUAGAAAGAAUUUUCAUAUAUAUGCUUUUCCUUUUUUUUGUGGUGAGUCUUAUACUUAACUUUUCAUUGAUGUUGAACAUUUUUAAAUUUAAUAAGCUCACACAAAAAAAUGGUAUUUUGCUAAUUUCAUGACAGCAUCUUGCCAAAAUUUGUCAUUUAAAUUUAUACAAAGUUCCAGGUAAAAUCUCUGUCAUAUAACUUCCUUCAGUGAGGUUAAAAAUAAGUGCAAAAACCGCAGUUAAUUUUGAACCAACCUAGUAAUUAGUAGCCCACUAAAACCAAUUUAAUUUUCCACAUUCAUUUUAUUUAAUGAAAUUAAUGAUUAUAAUCUUUGAGUGUCAAAGGUUUAUGUGGAAUGAUAGAACGUUGGUAAAUUAAAUAUUAUAUAUUACCACUAGAGGGUAGUGUUUCCUGUUUAUAUUACUCCAAAUGAUCUAGUCUGAUAAAUCACACUAGUGCUAAAAGUAUCUUUAUUUUUAAAAUACCUUAUUUUCAUAAUCUUAAACAGGUCCUUAAAAGUUUACAUUAGUGACUCAAUGGAGACAUUGAAUGGAUUAUUAUAUUUACUUUUUAAUUCA